UCAUAUGCUUAUUCAAUUGUUUCUUCAUCUAAUUUUCUUGAGAGUAGCUGUAGGACAACUAGUAAUAAACCAAGAUCAAUGCUCGCCAACAAGAUGUGGCGAUUUUGGUCCGGUUAUUCGAUUCCCUUUUUAUCUGAAAAAUCGUCAGCCAACUCACUGCGGCUACCCUGGUUUCGAACUAUCUUGUACUUCAGACAAUGUUACUCAAUUCAAGCUCCAAUUUCCAGUACAGGCAUCUAUCAACAACAUUGACAUUCCGAUAUCAACUAAUGUUUCUGUUCAGGAAAUUGAUUACAAGUCACAGAAAAUAAAAUUAUCAGACCUCAAUGCUUCGUGUCUUCCCAGGCAGAUUUCAAGCAUAAACUCGUCUGCUUCGCUGUUUACCUUUGAUCCGAACGCAUAUAGUGGUGUCACUUUAUUCAAUUGUUCCUCAAACAAAACGUACUCAUCGUCUGGUCGGAUCAAUUGCCUUAGUGGACCUCAUUAUGACGUCCUUGCUUUUCGCUCUUACUAUAGUAUCUCUCAGUUUCCGUCUUCUUGUACAAAGAUGUACAACAUUUCAGAUGUUCCAAACGAGGUACUUUUUGGGCCAUCACAAUAUAGUCAAACACAGAUUUAUCUGCAUUGGUCUGAACCAUUUUGUGGGAAUUGUGAAGAUGAUGGGAAGUACUGCAAGUUGAAAUCUAAUGGUUCAGGUAGUGAAACCGAAUGUGUUGACAUUCCAAAAGAUCCUAGCAAAGGGCCAUCAAAGAGAAUUGUUGUUGCAAUUGUACUAGGUAGCGUGUUUGCCUUUGUGUUGAUCAUUCUAGCAGUCUACAAGAUUGUAAAAUUGAAACUAAAGAAAGAGGAUCAGAAAAGGAUUGAGAGGUUUUUGGAGGAGUAUAAAGCUCUGAGACCUACAAGAUACAGUUAUGCAGAUAUUAAGAAAAUCACACAGCAAUUCAAGUAUAAACUAGGUCAAGGAGGCUAUGGGAAAGUAUAUAAAGGGAAGCUAUCAAAUGAAAUUCUUGUUGCGGUUAAGGUCCUUAACAAUUUGAAGGGUGAUGGGGAAGACUUCAUCAAUGAAGUGAGCAGCAUAGGUAGAAUUCACCAUGUAAACGUUGUGCGUUUAGUUGGAUAUUGUGCUGAUGGUUACAGACGAGCUCUUGUAUAUGAAUAUCUAUCAAACGACACACUUCAAAAGAUCAUAUCAUCAGGGAAUGGAAGAGGGUCAUCACUAGGUUGGGAGAAGAUGCAACAAAUAGCUGUAGGAAUCGCGAAGGGAAUCGAGUAUCUGCAUCAAGGGUGCAAUCAACGAAUUGUUCACUUUGAUAUCAAACCACAUAAUAUCUUGCUAGACCAAGAUUUCAAUCCAAAAGUUGCGGAUUUUGGGCUGGCAAAGUUGUGCUCCAAGGACCAAAGUGCUGUGUCAAUGACUGCUGCUCGAGGCACCAUUGGCUAUAUUGCCCCUGAAGUUUUCUCCAGGAGCUAUGGAAAUGUUUCAUAUAAAGCAGAUAUUUAUAGUUUCGGUAUGUUGUUGCUUGAUAUGAUUGGUGGAAGGAACAAAUUUGAUGAUGCUGCAAAUGAGGAGAACAGUAGCAGUCAGAUUUACUACCCGGAGUGGAUGUACAAACAACUGGAGAAAGGAGAAGAAAUAACAAUCCAAAUUGAGAAUGAAGAUGAGAGCAGCAUAAUCAAGAAACUAGCAAUUGUAGGACUUUGGUGCAUUCAAUGGUAUCCAGCUGGUAGGCCAUCAAUGAAAGUUGUGAUUCAAAUGCUAGAAGGAGAAGACAUUCCCAUCAUGCCCCCUAAUCCAUUCGGUUCAAUGAAUUCGCCAAACAUGAGGACUACUGCAGAGGGAAGGCAAUUUAGCAGUGAUCUUGGAAGCAGUUUUGAAACUGGUGCAAGUUCGAAUUGAGAAGAUAUGAUGCAUAAUAGUUUUUACCACAAAGAACAGUAUUAGACUGAAGAUUAAAGAUAAUUAACACUACUAGCUAGUAUGCCCUUGGUAUAUAUUUGUAUCAAUUUGGUUGUUGUAACCUGUACUUGAUAGAACUUUGAAUAAAGUUGAUUUCUCAAACAGCAAA